AUGGCAUUACGCGAUCAAAGCACUAUGACAGAUCAAACGAAAUCCAUGCCUUCCCGUUUUUGUGGUGUAUCACUACAAGCAUUAUUAACUCUUAUUGGUUCAUUUAUUCUUCCGCUUAUGUUAGGUGUAUUUACUGUUAUCAUCACUCUUCAUCAACAACAUGUCGGUGUACAGCAACGUAUGGAAGAUCGUAAAAUUGCACGUGAACUACGUGAACAAGAUUUAAAUAUAUCACGUGAACAACGUCUACAUGAUCUUAACAUGCUUGGACUUCAACGAGAACAAGAUUUGAAUAUUUCUCGUGAACAACGUACACAAGAUAAAGAAAUUGCGGAAGAACGACUUCGUGAUGCUGUUCUAGUUGCUUACUUGAAUGAUAUUGCUAAUUUAUUAAAGGAUAAUGAUGGUAUACUAACUCGUAAUCCAACAGUAGCUAUAAUUGCAAGAGCUAAAACAUUAACUGCUAUUCGACAACUCGAUAGUUCUCGAAAUAGUUAUCUUAUACAAUUUCUUUAUGAAGCUAAGCAAUUGUUUAGUGAUGCUAAUCCACUUGAUUUAUCUAAUGCUGAAUUAAAUGCUGUCGAUUUCAAUAUAAAUAAAAAUGUUCAUCAAAAUUUUCGCAAACUUUCAUUAGCUGGUGUACUCUUACGGAAUAGUUCAUUUUAUUUUUCGGAUCUCUCAUAUGCAAAUUUUAGUAAAGCAGAUCUUACUGGUGCUAAAUUCGAAAAAACUAUACUUAAUAAUGCUGAUAUGUCAAAUAGUACGAUUGUACGAGCCGAUUUCAGUGGCAGUCAACUUUCAAAAAGCAAUUUUACUUAUACGCAGUCACGUCUUUCUAUAUUUACUAACGCACAUGCAUUAUAUGCCAAUUUCACUCAAAGUAAUAUGGAAGCCGUUGAUUUCUCUAGAUGUAAUUGUAGAGAUGUUGAUUUUACAGAAGCAACUAUGGUAAGAGGCAUUUUCCAUACAGCUCACUUAGAUCGAAGUCGUUUUAUUGCUUCAAUAGUUCCGCGAGCGAAUUUUUAUAAUGCUCGUCUUAUUGGUAGUAAUUUAUCAAAUGCACGCUUACAAUCAACCAAUUUUUCGAAGAGUAUUUGUGAUGGUGCAAUAUUUAGUAAAGUAGAUUUGAUAAAUGCUAGUUUUCUUCAAGCGAAAAUAAAAGAUCUUGAUUUGUCAAAUCUUAACCUACAAAAUAUAGAUUUCAGUGGUGCCGAUUUAACAUUUACUACGUUAUCUCGUAGUACAUUGGAUAAUGUAAAAUUCAAUGGAACUAUCACAUUUUUAACUAAUUUCUCAUUUACUACGAUGAAAAAAGCAUUUAUAUCAGACGAACAAUUAUCCAAUGCAUUAACUAUUCAAGGAGCAAAACUUCCUAAUGGAACAGUAUUUCAACAUGAUCCAAAUCUAUUAUCCAAUGGUUAUGCUAAUUGUAGUCAUCAAUUAUUGAAUAGCAAUUGGAAAGUAUUUCCAUUAGGUGCUAUUAUUAUUUCACCGAAAAAUAUCUCUUCACAUGAAUGCAUAUUUAUGAAUCAGAUGAAUAGUUCUAGUUCUAUGUCUCAAAAUGUUACUUUGAUCAAACAUAAAACAUUAACAUUAGCGAGACGUGCUAUAUUGAUUGUAACGGUACAUAGUGGUGUUGGGAAAAUAUCUUCAAUUCGUUUAGAUGAUCAUGCUAAUAAAUUAAUUUCUAUGCGUAAUUUUACAAAAGAAUCUGAUAUAUUCACAUUACAAGGACAAUCCGUCACUUUUCAACCAAAAGUGACAGUGGAAUUUUUUGGUUAUGGAUGGUGUCAUAGUAUAGAAUUAACUGUAGCAAUGACUCCGCGGAUUCCUUGA